GCUCAUCACCGACCAAUGAGAAUUGCCAGAGAGCGGGGCAGCUCACCUGCCUGUGGAUAUAAACCCAGGAUCUUGGUGAAGUCCUGUCAUCAACUCGAUCACACAGCAACCAUGAGGUCUCUGGUCUUCGUUCUGCUCAUCGGAGCUGCUUUUGCCUUGGAGGACGACAAGAUCGUCGGAGGGUAUGAGUGCACGCCUUAUUCCCAGGCCCAUCAGGUGUCUCUGAAUUCUGGCUACCACUUCUGUGGAGGCUCCCUGGUCAACGAGAACUGGGUUGUGUCUGCUGCUCACUGCUACAAGUCCCGUGUGGAGGUGCGUAUGGGCGAGCACCACAUCAGGGUCAGUGAGGGAACCGAGCAGUUCAUCAGCUCCUCCCGUGUCAUCCGUCACCCCAACUACAACUCCUGGAACAUCGACAACGACAUCAUGCUGAUCAAGCUGAGCAAGCCCGCCACCCUCAACCAGUACGUGAAGACUGUGGCUCUGCCCAGCAGCUGUGCCCCCGCUGGCACCAUGUGCAAAGUCUCUGGAUGGGGCAACACCAUGAGCUCCACCGAUAACAGGGACUUGCUGCAGUGCCUGGACAUCCCCAUCCUGUCUUUCAGCGACUGUAACAACGCCUACCCUGGCAUGAUCACCGAUGCCAUGUUCUGCGCUGGAUACCUGGAGGGAGGAAAGGACUCUUGCCAGGGUGACUCCGGUGGCCCCGUCGUGUGCAACGGUGAGCUGCAGGGUGUUGUGUCCUGGGGCUACGGAUGCGCUGAGAUGGGUAAUCCUGGUGUCUACGCCAAGGUCUGCCUCUUCAACGACUGGCUGGAGUCCACCAUGGCCAGCUACUAAGUGAUUGAAGAAAAGUUCAGUCGAGCAGCUCAACAUCAUUUGCUGUUCAUGCUCCAUCUUUUGCACUGGACACUUUGACAAAUAAAAUCUUUCAAAGCAAAA